AUGCCAGUACCCGUCAGAGAGCUUCCAGAAUGGCCCUCCAACGUCGAGGCCCACCCGUUGCUUGUAAUCGAUUACCAGUUGUUAAAGGCUGGCGACGAGACUGAAAUUAACCGGCUCUGGGAAGCUGGAACAAACCUGGGUUUCUGGUACUUGAAGAAUCAUGGGGCCGAACAAGAUUUUGUUGCUAUGUGGGGUAUGGGCGAGGAGGUCUUCAAGCUGCCUUUGGAGGAGAAGAUGAAGUAUGAGCAGGGAGACGAGGGGCUUUCCUUCGGCUAUAAAGCCGUUGGCCACUACAUCGUCGACGCUGCCGGUAAUCCCGACCCUGUCGAAGGUGUCAACGUUGCCAAGGAUGACGCCCUUUCCUACCCUAAAGUAUCCCGUAGAGAAUACCCAACAGUUAUCAACGAUCUUAUGGAUCCCAUUGUCACGCCCUUCGUCGAAAAGUGCGUGGACAUCAGCAACACUAUGAUUGGAAUCUUCAACGACAAACUCGGGUUGCCGGAGGGAGCAUUAGCCAAAUUACAUGGGCGCAACGAUUUCAGCGCGAGUGAAACGCGAACGAUAAAGGCUCCUGCCAACCUCACACCAGGUAAACUUGCCAUCGGAGGUCACACAGACUUCGGAACCUUGAGUCUGUUGGUUAACAACCUCGGCGGGCUGCAGGUUCUCCCGCCUGGAAAUACCGAAUGGUCAUACGUCAGGCCAUUGCCAGGACAUAUGAUUUGCAACGUCGGUGACACACUGACUAUGUUCAGCGGGGGUUUGCUCAAUUCCAAUAUUCACCGUGUCGUCCCUCCCCCUGGAUCGCAAUCGAAACAUGAUCGGUGGUCGCAGGUUUACUUCACCAGGCCUGCAGACAAUGCUCCUCUGUUGCCGUUGCUAGAAAGUCCGAUUAUUUCUGAAGCUUUUAACAAGCUUAGUCCGGAAAGGCAGGCCAGUCUCAGUCCCGGCGUUACUUCCUGGGAUUGGUUCACCAGGAGACAGAAGAAUUACCGAACUAAGAACCACAAGGGUGCAGAUACAUGGGCCGCCAACAGAGGAACCGAGCACGGGCGAGCAUAA